AUGCCCGCGAGCCGCAACGCCCGCCCCCGACCGCUCGACUCGCUCUCGUCCACUUUCCUCUCGCCGCCGACACACCACAACCGCACGCUCAGGACAUCGGCUGCGCUCGAGAUGAACUCGACUGGAUCGCUGGGACACCCUCGGAGGCGCGGCGGAGCUGGCGCAGGCGGCAGGAAGCGCGGAGGAGCAGGCGGCGCAGGGCCGUCGAGAUCCGCAAAGGUGCCGCUACCAACCGCCCCCGGUCCGCUGCACGACAAGACCUACGUCGAGUCGGUGUACGCAGCGAUGGGCGGGAGGGGCAAGCCACCACCCAAGCUGAUCGAGAACGCCAAGGGCGUCAUUUCAAACUACGUCAAGGCGCUCGGUGGAGAGCCAAAGUACGAGGCGAAGAAGGUGAAUGUCCUGGGCGAGGAGGUUACGCGAGUAACCAUUGUCGCCGAUCCCGAUCCUCCAGCGAACCAGCAGUCCUGGAGCUACAACUCUGCUUCCGGCCCUUCGCUUCCUCCCAUGAUCCAGCCUAUCGUCGGAACGGGAGAUGCGAAGACGGCGAAGGAAGCGGAGAAGCUUGCGGCGUUGCAUGCGUGCAUGCAGUUGAGUGCGAAGGGGCUGUUCACAAGCAGCAACCUCCCUCUCCGCGCGAAAGGCGGUUUCCCUCCCACAGCAGCAAAACCCGCCGCCCAAACCCCCACCUCGUACGCCCCGUCCUCCUUCUUCGACGGUCCUGCCAACUCGACGACCUACAAUUCGACUGGUCCUGCCCCUAUGGCCGUCGACGCGGCCGCGCCGCCCCCUCCGACUAACAACGGCUCGACGGUCACGCUUUCGAAUGGAGACCGGGUCUCGCUUGAGGAGGCGAGGGCGUUCAUGGAUUUCUAUUGCCAGCGCUUCAACUUUGACAAGCCGUCGCUCGAAGCGCGGCCGGUCAAGAUCGACCAGCCUGCGCCUUUCACGCGGGGUCGCAGACGAGUCAAGGGCAACCAGAAGGGCCAGUGGCGCGCGACGCUGCGCGUCGCCGGCGCACAAAUCGGUGUGGGCGAGGCGGCGUCCAAGAAGGACGCCGAGCGACGCGCCUACCUCGACACGGCGCUCUAUCUCGAGUCGUGCGACCCGGGCUUGUGGGACGCGUGGAAGCAGCGCAAACUCGACAAGCUCGUCUCGAAAGGCGAGUUGCCGCCCCACGUCUCGUUCGAUGUUGGGUCGGCCGAGGUCGAGGAGGAGCUGAACCAGGCGGUGUGGGAGGGUCAGGAGAGCGAGUUGUAUCGGCGCGCGAAGGAGAUGGUUGAGCGCGAGCACAAGAAGGCGCAGGAGCAGUGGGAGCGGGCGAAGCGCGGUGGAGGUGCGGACGCAGCGACGGCGGCUUCGACCAACGCGCCGGCUGUCGACCCGGCUGCGCAGGCCGCCCAGGCCGAGUUACGCCAGAAGCGACUCGAAGCCAAGUCGCAGAUGCUCUUCACCCGCCUCCAGAACUACCAGGCUUCGACUGAGCCCGCAGUCGAGAAGAUGCGGAAGCAGCGCGCCUCCCUUCCCGUCACUUCGCACGCCGACUCGGUCAUCGCCAAGAUCAACACCUCGCCCGUCGUCGUCUGUCUCGCCGCGACCGGUUCCGGAAAGACCACCCAGCUCCCGCAGCUCAUCCUCGACGAUGCGAUCAUGGCCAAGGAGGGCGCAAAGUGCAAUAUCGUCUGCACACAGCCUCGCCGUAUCGCCGCCAUCUCGGUUGCUGAGCGUGUCGCGAAGGAGCGUGGCGAGUCGAUUGGCGACUCGGUCGGUUACCAGGUCAGGUUCGAGUCGAAGCCGCCUCGCAAGGACGGCAGCAUCCUCUUCUGCACGACGGGUCUCUUCCUCCGACGCAUGCAGGCCGACCUCGACCGCGGACCUUCGGCGAACCAGGAGAGCUUCCUCGAUGGCGUGACGCACAUUUGCGUUGACGAGGUCCACGAGCGCGACGUCGACACCGACUUGUUGCUGUUCGUUCUCAGGCGCUUGCUGCACGAGAGGCGGAAACAGGGCAAGGCCGAGGUCAAGGUCAUCCUCAUGUCCGCCACAAUCGACCCUCGCCUCUUCACCAACUACUUCGCCGACCCCGACACUCGCCUGCCCGCGCCCGUCAUUGAUGUGCCCGGACGGUCUUUCCCCGUCGAGAAGCACUGGCUCGACGAGACGAUGCAGGAGUUGCGGGCGAUGAAGAUCCCGAGGAACGAGGGAGGAUGGGUCUUCGAGGACGAGUCUGUGCAGAAGUACCUCGCCAGGGAGCUCGUCUCGCGCUUGCCUAUCGACGAGCGGACAGGCAAAGUCGUCGGCGAGAUCGACGACCUCGACAUGCCUUACCCGCUUCUCGCCCUUCUCGUCGCGCAUGUCUUGCGCAAGUCGGACGACGGACACGUCCUCGUCUUCCUGCCGGGAUGGGAGGAGAUUCAGGCCGUCGUCAAGAUCCUCCAGGCUCCCCGCCAGUUCCCUCUCUUUGGCAUCGACUUCAUGUCGAAGGACUACGAGAUCCACAUCCUCCACUCGACUGUCCCCCUCGCCGACCAGCAAGCCGUCUUCGAGCCUCCUCCCAAGGGCAUCCGCCGCAUUGUCCUGUCGACCAACAUCGCCGAGACGUCCGUCACGAUUCCCGACGUCGUCUACGUCGUCGACGCAGCCAAGUGCAAGGAGAAGCGCUACGACCCGCAGCGCCGCCUUUCGCAGCUCGUCUCGGCAUGGACCGGUACUUCGAACGUCCUCCAGCGCGCAGGUCGUGCAGGUCGCCACCGCCCUGGCGAGUACUACGGCAUCGUCUCGCGCGCUCGCUUCGAGGCGAUGGACAUCCACCAGACGGUCGAGAUGCUCCGCACCGACCUCGCGUCCACCGCCAUGCACGUCACUGGGUUGCAACUGCCCGGCUUGACCGUCGCCGACGUGCUCGGAUCGACUAUCCAGCCUCCCGAGCCGCAGCGUGUUGUCGCCGCUCUGCAGACUCUCCUCCACGUCGGCGCCAUCGACCGCGACGAGAAGCUCACCUCGCUCGGACGCGUCCUCCUUCAGCUUCCCGUCGAGGCAGCGAUCGGCAAGCUCUGCCUCCUCGGCUCCUUCUUCCGCUGCCUCGAACCCGCCGUCACCCUCGCUGCCAUCCUCACCAACCGCGAUCCGUUCAUGUCGCCGCCUGCCGCCAAGGAGGAGGCUGACCGCGUCAAGAACUCGUGGGCGCCUCCCGAGUUCCGCAGUGAUCCCCUCACCAUCCUCCGCGCGUACACGACGUGGGAGGAGAUGCAGAAGUCGAACCAGUACCAGCGCGCAAACUCCUUCGCCUACAACAACUUCCUCUCGAAGCCGUCCCUUCUCAACAUUCUCAAGAUCAAGGAACACCUCAUCUCCUCUCUCGACCGUGCCGGUGUCCUGCAAAUCUCGGCUGGCGGCGCGGCAGCUCCUGCGCAACCCGCUUUCGGCCGUGGUCGCUUCGCUCGCGGACCCGUCCAGAUCCCCCCCGAACUCAACGAGAACGGCCACCUCCUCCCUCUCCUCUCCGCCCUCAUCGCCACCGCCGUCGCGCCCAACUUUGCCAUCCGAACGGGAUCGUCGACGUUGCGGACGAGCCAGGACAAGUCCUGCAUGAUCCACCCGUCGUCGGUCAACUCGAAGCGGAACGAGAAGAGCGCGGCGUCUCGGCAGAUCUACGCCUUCGGCGAAAAGUCGCGGACGGGUCCGAUCGGCAGCAAGUCUGGCGGACAGACCUUCCUGCGCUCGACGACGAGGAUCGACCCGCUCGGCUACAUGCUCUUCGGCGCGUACGACCUCCGCGUCACGCAGGAGGGUCUCGACUGCGACGGCUGGUUGCCCAUCGUCGCGUCGAACAAGACGAGCGCCGUCAUCCUCGACGACGUCGAGCGUCUGAAGAACAUCCUCGACCUCUCGCUUCUCCGCGUCUUCGAGGGUCUCAAUGCCUCGCUCUUGCGGGGCCGCGGCCGUGGACCUCAACAGCAGCAACGAGGCCCGCGUGGUCGGCAGUUCGAGAAGGACGACGAAGACGAGGACGAGGCGGACGAGGAGAUGGUCGACCGGAACGACCCGACCCUGUCGUCGGUCGAGGUGCAGGACCUCGACAACCUCACGCGAAACGUCGUCGACCUCAUCCAGGACUACCACAACUCGAUGGGCCCUGCAUCGGGUGUCGGCUCCUCUCGCGCGAGCACGCGGCCGUCCUCGCCUUCGGGCCUCCGCCCUCUCCAGCAGGCGCGGAUGUACACCUCGGGCGCGGCGACGCCCGCGACGUCUGCAUCGCACGCUGGCACGCCCUACUCGUCACGACCACCGAGCGCUGGCGGAACCAACGUCUACCGCCCGCCUGGCGCAGGAGCGGGACCGAUGCAGGUCGACUCGCGGGGCGGCGGCGGCGGUUUCGGCGCAGGCAGUGCGCCGUCUGGAGGCAACUGGAGGAGGGGCUGA